AUGAUGAUGAUGAGGGAUGACUGGGUUAAGGACCUUAGCGGCUCGGUGACCAUCAUAUCGUCGGCCACCGCUGUGGCCGCGGGGCCUCGGCCAAAAAGGCCGAUAGGAGGCCCGUUCACCAGAGGCCCGCUGGAGCGCCUGGGGGGCAACGGAGGAGUAGCUCAUCAGAGCUCCUCCGAGGAGGACGCGUCGGCCCUCGGCUCCGACCAGGAGCUUCAGACAGGAGCAGGUGGCUCGCCUCACGGCCACCUAAGGGUCUCUCCUGGAGGAGAACAGGAGUCAUCGGGCGGACCUCGAAAAGAAGCGCGAGCAGUAGGCGGAGCGCAGCGGGACCACUCCGCGGCAAUCGCAGUCCUCCCCGGUAGAGAGACAGGUUCUGGCCCUGGUUCGGCGGGAGAUGGCGGCCUUACAGGCUCGCUUCUCCGUCCAGCGGCUCAAAGGGCCUGUUAUGCGGCUGCGGCUGCAACGGCACCCUCGCCUAGAAGGGGACCACCAAGCGCCCAAGUCUCCAGGCCCUACAAGUGCGCAGAUCUGCGCAUCCUGGGCUUGGACGACUCAGUCACUACCGAGGAGGUGGCCGCCGUCAGUAGGAUGGGUAGGUGCUCCGCCGAAGAAGUGAAGGCGGGCACCAUACGUCCCAACUUCAGGGGCAUGAGCACCAUUACGGUGAGCUGCCCCGUGGCGGCGGCCAAGAUUGCUGGUUGGCUGGAUGUCGGCGCACCUCGGAGGUCGGCCGCAGCGCCCUCUGCUUCCGCUGUGGUCAGCCCAGCCACAAGGCCGUGGCUUGCAGCGCCACGCCGCACUUCACUGCAUGCUGCUGGAAGGCCGAACGAACACCGGGUGGAGAGCAACAUCUGUGCCCCACCCGUCAAGACCAAAGACAAGGGUCGGCGGUCCAUUGUCGCUACCGCCACCAUCUCCGCGGUGGCCACCACCGCAGCUGCCGCGUCUGCCGCCACCCCCAAUGCUGCCGUCGCUUCCGGUGCCGUCGAAGCUGCUGCUGCCGCGGCGUCCGCUUCUGUGCCAAACAGUGAAGUGGAGUAA